CCCACAUCGUUAGGCGAGGGUGGACUGGUUAUCGUCGUCCUCCCCGACGACGACGACGACGGCGGCGAGAGAUCGCCGGAGCAUUGGUGCCGGAGAUGAAGCUCAUGACGCUCGGCUCCAGGCCUGACACCUUCUUCUCGGCAGGGCCCGCCAGGUCCGUCUCCACGGAGGUGGCUACUGACAUGCAAAUUCUGGUGGAUGGCUGCCUGUUUCGUCUCCACAAGUUUCCUCUGCUCUCCAAGUGCAUGUGGCUGCAAGCGCUAUGCGUGGAGUCCGGCCACGGCGGCGGCGCCGUCGAGCUGCCGGCUUUUCCGGGAGGCGCGGAGGCGUUCGAGGCAUGCGCCAAGUUCUGCUACGGCAUCGCCGUCACGAUCGGGCCGCACAACGUCGUCGCCGUCCGGUGCGCCGCGGCGCGCCUCGGCAUGACGGAGGCCGCCGACCGCGGCAACCUCGCCGCGAAGCUUGACGCCUUCGUGUCGUCGUGCCUCCUCCGCCGCUGGAAGGACGCGCUCACCGUCCUCCACUCCACCCGCCGGUACGUGGCGCUCUGCGAGGAGCUCGGCUUCACGUCGCGCUGCGUCGACGCCGUCGCGUCCCUCAUCGCGGACCCCGACGGCAAUGCCUCCGGCGCCGUUCCGGCCAGCUCGUCGUCGCCGUGGUGGGCGCGCGAUAUCUCCGAGCUCGGGAUUGACCUCUACUGGCGCGUCAUGGUGGUCGUCAGGGCGGCCGGCACCGUUCACGGGAAAACCAUGGGCGACGCGCUCAAAACCUACGCGCGCCGGUGGCUGCCGAUCGCCGCCAAGAACCACUACGCGGCGGAGCGAACCGACGGCAGCGUGGCCAAUGCCGAGCGGGCCGCCAAGAUCCACCGCCUCCUCAUCGAGAAGAUAGUGAGCUUGCUCCCGGAGGGGAGGGGCGCCGUCUCCUGCGGCUUCUUGCUGCAGCUUCUCAAGGCGGCGAACAUCCUAGGCGCCUCCCCCGCGUCCAAGGCAGAGCUCACAAGGAGAGUGGCGUCGCAGCUGGAAGACGCCAACGUGAGCGACCUCCUGAUACCGGCGGCGGCGCCGUGCGCGAGCGGGACACUGUACGACGUGGAAUCCGUGGUGGCUAUACUCGAGGAAUUCGCGUUGCGUCAAGCGGCAGCGGCGGCGGCGGCGGGGAGCCCGGACGGUAGCCCGGCGCUGGCGAACAGGCACCGGCGGUCGAGGUCAGCAGAGAGCGCCGUCGAGUUCGAGGGCGCGCGUCGGUCGACGUCCAUGGCGGCGGUGUCGCACGGCGCGAUGGUCCGGGUCGGGAGGCUGGUGGACGGGUUCUUGGCGGUGCUGGCUAAGGACGCCCGCACGCCGCUGGACAAGAUGGUCGCCGUCGCGGAGGCCGUGCCGGACUAUGCGCGGCCGGAACACGACGACCUUUACCGAGCCAUCGACACAUAUCUCAGGAUGCACCCGGAGAUGGACAAGAGCUCGAGGAAGAAGCUGUGCAGGGUGCUCAACUGCAGGAAGCUCUCGGAGAAGUCGUCCAUGCACGCGGCGCAGAACGAGCUGCUGCCCCUUCGCGUCGUCGUGCAGGUGCUCUUCUUCGAGAACGCGCGCGCCGCCGGACUGUCCGGGCACGGCAACCGCGUCGCCGCAGGCCUUACCGGCGACGGCGGCGAAGCCAGGGCGCUGCUUGGCAGACCAAGAACGGCGGAGGAGAACGGCAAGGACGAGCGGAGUCCCCGUGGACUCGCCGGCGGCGGGGCCGGGGCCGGGCGCGUGCCGGCGGACGACGACUGGACCGUGGAGGGGCUGAGACGCGCCGCGUCGAGGGUCGCGACGCUGAAGAUGAGGCUGGAGGAGGACGACGACGAGGACGACGCCGGCGCCGGCGACGAGGCGUUCGUGCACAGGGCCCCGGCUGGGGUGGCACGGAGCGCGUCGUCGCGUUUCACGGCGGCGGGGAAGCCCAAGCGGAUGCUGAGUAGGCUAUGGCCGAGGAGCAGAACGUUCACCUAGCGGGAAAUUGUGAGCUGUGCGCGACACGUGGCGCGGCAAAGGCUAGCCUGAUCCGUCAAUAGUACCAGUGUACAAAUACGCUUGAAUUUGUAAGUAAAUUUGCUCCCUCAAGAUUUGAUUUUGUUCCAAACCUGUCAGAGAAUGCCACUCUAUGUCGCAUAGAAAAAAUGAAUUUGGUUUUUAUUCUGUAAACUGUGAGAUACAGUAAUCAAAUUAGUAAUUCUGCUGACUAAUCGAGCAC